AAUCGCCUGAAUUUAGUAUUGAGCUGUUAGUCAAUGAAGUUUGUUCGAAUAUAGACAUUCAUACAUACUUAUAAAACAGCCAUGUCGAUAUUCACUUUUAAAUAUCUUUUUUUGAUAGUAACGCUGUUUAAAGCUCAACUAAUCUCGACUGCACCGAAUGUGGUUAAUCAAAAACAACAAACAAAUUUAAGCAUAACUGAGGACUAUAAGACGCUACGUGAUGAUGCCCAAUGGCUUUUCCAGCAUAUUGAAUUUAUUGCCGAUUCUUUAGUGCAAAUUUUACCCGCAGUAAAUCGGGAAAGUGGAAGAUCCUUGCAAGGAACAGUUAGUAACGCCACUUUGGUUGAAAACACGCGCCUCACAUUACUCCUGGGACUUCGUCAUGUACUCGUAGGCAUUAAAGAAAUUGCAGUUUCCUUUCAACGUCGCUUAUCGGGUGAUCACGAGCAGCAGUUGAUACACAUCAAAAUGGUCACCCAGCUAAUUCAGGAUAUUCUUCGAUUUGCUAAACAUUUAUUUUCGAUGCUGCGAAACAGUCUUUCCGAAAUUUUCCGCAUUUACAACCGCUAUAUACCCGAGGUGCUGCUCGGGAAAUGCUUUAGCAAAUACAUUACAACAGCAUAUCCAGAUCGCAAUAUUUACGAAUAUCCCUUUAUUCUUACCGGUGAGGUGAUCGAUUUCGCAAUAGCAUAUCUACAGAAUUUACCAAUAUAUGAUGCGGCGAAUCAAAGCCCAAUUUCGAAAUUAGAGACAGCAGAUAUUUCGGAUGAACAAAACGAAAUUUGGCCCAACGAAAUGGAUAAAUAUUCCAGAAGUCUUGAUCUACCAGUGGACCGCAAUGGUCGGCAAACUAGCACAGAGAGCAGUCCACAUCCGUGGCAGAAAUGUUUAAAAAUGUAUGCAGCGGAUACUAUUUCAAGGCAGUUGAAAUUAUUUUUCAUUGGAGAUUAAUCUAUAAAAUGUUUAUAAAUACAUACAUAUGUAGGAACACACGUACUACUUAAGCAAUUAUUUUCUAUUUACAGUACAUUGUAUCAUCUAACGAAAAUAUGUAGCUUAUUUAUACCUAUCCCUUAUCACCAAUAUUUCUUCAUUAACGUAAAACAAAUGCAUUGAGUGUUUGAGGAAUAUUUAUUCUAACUGCGUAUUCUAUUCGUUUUUUUUUUUUUAGUUAAUAUAAAUUUUUGUUUGCAAAUAUUUCACGCGCUAGAUUGAAAGUUAAAAUACUUUCAGUGGCUUAUCGUUCACACAUUUAUGCUGUUUUCUUAAAAAAUUUUGUUUUAAUAAAAAAUAAGACUUACAUAGAAAAUCUCACAA